AUGGCCAGCGAGAUCGAGGAUCUGAACAGCCGGGAGGCGCAGACCGUCUGCGAGGCCCUGGGGCGUUACGAGGACACGCUACGGGGCGCCGUCCGGGAGAUCCACGUGGACAUCCAGGUGUUCAAGCAAGGGGUAGGCCGGCAGGUGGAGGAGGUGCUGCGCCUCGCCAGCCCCCUGGCACACACCGUCUCUGAGCUACAGCAAGAGAACCGGCGCCUGCGGGCGCAGCUGGAGCGCCUGUCUCGGCAGGUGGAGGCCCUCGGCCGGUCGGCGGGCCUGCCGCAGGAGUGGGCGGACGAGGCGGCGGGAAGCCCCCCGGCCGCGGGGCCCGGCUCUCCGGGACAGGGUUCGGCCGGCGGCAGGUUCUCCAGCCACGCCAAGCUAGCGGUCAGUGGCCGGAGCCAAAGUGUAGACCUGGAUGACCACCACAAACCUGAGUUUAGAAGAGUUUUUAGUUCUUCCAUUAUUGAAAAUGGGCAUCAGUCUUCAUCAGGUCAUGCAAAAGUCUCCCAUGAACUGACCUCUUUUCACAUGUCAGACUCUUCCCCUGAAGCCCAUGCCCCUGCAGUCACCUUACAGAUGCCCCACCUUCCUGUUACUGCAGUAACCAGGAUAUCAGAGAAGUUUUCAGGAGAGACCAUCUGUUCAACAGGAACAACUAAUGCGUCUGCUGGCCUGCUGGGACAGAGCAAGAGCAAAAAUGCAAUGGCAGUGAAAACUUCCAACCAGUCAGUGAAGGCUUGGAAUUCAAGCACAGUGAGAACAAUGGGUUCAUCUGCCACUGGAGAGAAUACCACUUCUGUCGCUAAGUCUGUCUCAACUGCGAGCUGUGGGACGAGUAGUGGAACCAAAACUGGUGAAAGUGCCACCGACAGUUACUGUGAUGUGACCCCCAGCUCUCACUCCUCUCCUCCCACUGUACAUCGCCAAGCUGAAAGGAGGCGAGAACUGGUGCGGUCUCAGACGCUCCCACGGACUACAGGAACACAGGCCAGAAAAGCGCUUUUCGAGAAAUUUGAACACGAUGGUGGAAAAGGAAAAGGAGAAUCCAGAGCUAAGCUGAAGAGGUCGCAGAGUUUUGGGGUUGCCAGCGCUAGCAGCAUUAAACAAAUUCUGUUAGACUGGUGUCGCUCAAAAACCAUAGGAUACAAGCACGUUGAUCUCCAGAACUUCUCCUCAAGCUGGAAUGAUGGGAUGGCAUUCUGUGCUCUUGUGCAUUCUUUCUUUCCUGAAGCUUUUGAUUAUAAUAAGCUUGAUCCCGCUAAUCGCAAGCAGAACUUUGAGCUGGCCUUCACCAUGGCUGAGAAGAUGGCUCACUGCGAUCGUCUGAUAGAAGUGGAUGACAUGAUGGUGAUGGGUCACAAGCCAGAUCCCAUGUGUGUCUUCACAUAUGUCCAGUCUCUAUACAAUCAUCUACGAUGCUUUGAAUAAAACCAUCGACACCUCGCCAGCCAGAAGGGUCAAGUACAGUAUACUAAUGGGAGGAGUGACAUUUUGCAAAUGAAACCUAGUGUUUUCCCUUGCUUUUUACUGUCCCUUUGCUUACAUUCAACUGCAUGGCUGGCUGACUGAAGUGUUGCUGAGCAGCGCCCCAAAGUGUUGAUCACAUCAGCAUGUCAGUAAUAUAGGAAUAUGUUUGAAAAAGACAAAAAAACAUAGGGAAAGGCAAAUGCUGUCAUUUUGGUGCUAGUAGUAGGUUGUAUUUUUAGUAUUCUUGUGUUUAAAGAUCACAGGAAGCUAAUUUGCUGCUCCUAUCUCUGUUAGGCUGCAGACACAGUUUUAUGCAGUGAUAGGUAACUCUGCUACAAAGGUGUUCCCUCUUAAAAUGCAGGUAAAACUCCAAAGGAUAGCACCUUCAGUUCCACUUCUCUGUUGAGCAUAGCACAAAAGAAAUAGCAGAUGGACUAGGAAAAUUCCAUUUAGCAAAUAAUAACCUGGAGUACUCAACCACCAGGGCAGUAUUGCCUCUCCUCCAACCCUAUUCCCCCGUCUCCAGCUUACAUGCACACACACACAUCAAACAGGCAUUGUUCUGUUCUCUUAAAGCAGAAAGAGAACAUAGCCUCUUACCUGCUGACUGGGGCAACAGAUAACUACCGUGUUACACAACAGCGUUUGUCUGUAAUGGUCAAAUCUAAAGUGAUUUGCUUAGAGGCUUGCUAAAGCCUCUCCUGGCAGUCCUGGAUUAACUUCUUGAUUGUGAAGAAUAGCAACAGCUGGGGCUGUUCUGUAUAUGAGAUUGUGUGUUUGCAUGAUUUAGGAUUACAGGAAAGGGGGGAGCUAGCAAGGUACAAAAUCCUUUUAACAGUUGUAAUAGAAGCAAGACUGCAGUGCGCUUUGACCUGGACUCUGAGGGAGAGCAGCUCUCCAGUGUGGACAGGAAUUAAGUCCUUAUGACUUGCUCAGUCCUCAUGCUGACUCUGAGCUGGACAGGCAAUAUGCCAAAAAAGUAUGAAAGAUGUGGGAGUUUUGAAAUGCCUUGGACUAGUUUCUGUUUUCAGUUAAAUUAGCAUUAAAACCACAAUACAAUGGGAUUAUUCCAGUUUUACUGGACAAAAAGGUCAUGUGUCACCCUUUCUGGUUUUCUCUUUGAUAAAUCAACAGAGCUUUGUUUUCACAGUGAAUGUUAAAAAUGAAAUUACUAAAAAAGCAUACUUGAAAAAAAAAGAAGCCUUUUAUUUCUUUCCCAAGAACAGGCUCAUGGAAAGUAAAAACUGAAAGCCAUGAGCCCUCUGUUCAUGCUAGAGAAUGUUUUUUUAACCUGCAUCUGUGCUUUUUGUAGAUAUUUGUAAAGAUGACUUUGGUUCUGUAUUGAUGACCAUUUAUAAUAAAAUAUGUCAAACACUCUU